UCCUCAGAUCUCAGCUUCCUCUGAGUAGCUAGGAUUGCAGACAUGAACCACGAGAUCCUGAUAGUGACAGUGUGUUCCUGCCUGGAGAUUCAUGCGGCUGUGUGGCCCCAGGUCUUUGCUGGUAUCACCGGCCACGGUAACAUAGAAGCUCCCAGUUGACUUCUCACUCAGAAAUUUAGCAAGAGCUCGUGUGUCAUCCCCAGGAACAAGGCAGAGGAUGGUUCUCAGGUUCCCAGGGGGAUCUGUGACAAGGCGGAGCUGCUGGUUGGAGCUGGAGCUGGAGCAGGUAGCCUAGGGACAAUGUGCUUCCCCGAGAAAGUCCCGGCUGAACGCACUUCUGCUUUUGCUAACGAAAGCGGGCAAAGGCUGGUGCGUGCCUGGCCGGCCUCUCAGUGAGGCCCUGUAGGCCGGAAGCAUCUUGAAGAUCUUUUAGAGCCGGGGAAGCCGAGUCAGCUGCUCCAGAAUGAACCUCAGCUCUGGGAAGGGGAAGUGAAGCCAGCUGGCUGCAGUGGCCAUGGCCUGUGAGCCGCAGGCGGACCCUGGAGGGGCAGCCGGCCCUCUGCCCACCUCCUCCCCUGCCUGGAGCGCCCUGUCCAGGGGGAGCCCUCCUCCCUGGGGACAAGAGCUUCACAAUGGCCAGGUCCUUACAGUGCUCCGGAUUGACAAUUCCUGUGCACCGAUCUCCUUUGAUCUGGGAAUCGCAGAGGAGCAGCUACAGGCCUGGGGCAUUCAGAUCCCUGCUGAGCAGUACAGGAGCCUGGUGGAGAACGCGCUCCUGGAGCCCCAGGUGAGGCGGUACCUCAUCUACAACUCCAGGCCCAUGCGGCUGGCCUUUGCUGCGGUGUUCUACAUGGUGGUAUGGGCCAAUAUCUACUCCACCAGCCAGCUGUUUGCUCUGGGCAGGCACUGGGCAGGCGUGCUACUUGCGACCCUGGCUGCAGUGAGUGUGACCCUGACUCUCGUGCUCAUCUUUGAGAGGCAUCAGAAGAAGGCCAACACGAAUACGGAUCUACGGUUGACGGCAGCCAAUGGAGGCCUCUUGAGGCACCGGGUGCUGCUGGGGGUGACAGACGCCGUGGAAGGAUGCCAGAGUGUGAUCCAGCUCUGGUUUGUCUACUUUGACCUGGAGAAUUGUGUGCAGUUUUUGUCUGACCACAUUCAGGAAAUGAAGAUGAGCCAGGAGUCCUUGCUGAGAAGCAGAUUGAGCCAGUUCUGCGUUGUCAUGGAGACGAGGGUGAGCCCCACGGCCGACGGGCCGGAAGAUGUUGAAGAUGCCCCUCUCCUGCCCAGUGGCCCUGCACCUCAGGAGAGACCACUCAUACAGACCCAGCUCCACCAGCUCGUCCCUGAGGCUGAGCCCGAGGAAAUGGCCCGGCAGCUGCUGGCAGUGUUUGGUGGCUACUACACCCGGCUCCUUGUGACCUCCCAGCUUCCCCAGAACAUGGGCACACGACACACGGACUCGCCAAGGUUUCCAUGUCCCUGCCAACUCAUAGAAACCCAUCUCCUGGGCACAGGGUGCUGCCCACUGCUGACCAGGUGACCCAGGGACAAAGCAUUCAUCUGCCUCCAAGACUGAGCCACGGGAAGACCUCAGGAAUCCAACAUGGCAAGGAGAGCACCAUUGGGGGUUACCACCCCACUGAGAUGCUGUGCUCACCCGGGGGCCCUGCCUGGUCCGAAGUGCAUGCCGACCUCAGCCCACAUGCCCAGAUCCCCUCUGGGCCACUUGGAUCUGUGGUGUGGGCGGAGAAGCUGCUUUCCAUCCCUUCCCUUCCCACAGAGCCUGGGAGAAGGGCGACGACCCCACAGGGAAAAAUCUUCUGCCACUCAACCAUGCUCUCCAUGCUCGGCCUCUGAAGUUCUAUGGAAGAGAGAGACAUAGUCCCAGAGCUUCCUCCAUGCCUAGUUUUGCUCCAUUUGUUGCAGCCUUCAGUGACACCUAUGUUUGUCUGCUAGCCCCAGACUACAGAUGACAGAGGGAGAAGGUGGGAGGAAGGAGGAGGCAGUGAAGGGCAGAUGACCAUUCACUCACUGAUGAUUUGGAAAGGUAGAUCCUGUUUGCCUUGAAGACUGAUUGGAUUUAAGGACACACAUGCUUGUCACUGUGGUUUUAUCCUAAGACAUAGAGCCAUGGCUGCGGCUUUCUGACGCUAGCCUCCUGGAGGGAGGUGUGAUCAAUCACUUGGGGUUCUGUGAACAGCUCAGGGACGUCCAAGUGCUCUGCUUCAAAGAGGGGGAAGACUUGUUGUUCUAAUAGGCCCACGUCCCAAAGGCCUUAUGGCAGCCACCACCGCCCCUGUCCCCCCAAACCCAGUCUUCACCUGCAAUUUGGCCUCAUCUCCCACAAAAACCCUCAAUGGGAGUUGAAACAUUCUCCCAAACUGUUGUUCGUGUUUCUUUCUGUCUGUUGUUUGGACUCUUAGUUAAGCUUUCAAAGCCCAAUUUUCCUUCUCCCUCCCUCUUCCAACAUAAUCAGCUCUGCUGCGCUGUCUCUUCUAGAUCCACGAUACAGUGACUACCUAUACUGUAGUUUUGUUAUGAAUUAUACAUUCCUAUGUGUAUAUACCUGCUUUUCUAGCUAGAUUGUAAACUCCUUAAGGUCAAAGACUACCCCGUGCAUUUUUUUGUGUUCCGUUUGGACUUCCUUAGGAAAGAAAUCCUGUGGCUUCGUUGCCAUCUCCACGUAGCAUGGGCAAAUGAUUUUUCAAAUGCGGUUGACGGGUGG